CGGGAGGUCCACACACAACCACCCUUCAAUGCUUUCAGAUGAUUUCCUGAACGCACCAGGAGAAGCCGUGACGAGGACAGUUAGACGUGGCCGGACCUGCGAGUCUGAAACCGUAUAAAAGACCGCGAUGGGACCUCAGGAAUCAGAACGGCAAAGCAGGAGCUCUGGGAAGGAAAACCCGUUCACGAAAGCCAACGCUCUCCACCAACGAGAAGGUCUUCACCAUGAGGCAGUCGUCCAUGUCGGUCAUCUUCGCCGCCGCGCUCAUGUUCCAGAGCUACGAGCUGUCGGGCGCUUUACCCAUGAGCAAGGGCGACGACGCCUCGCUGGAGCAGGACGUGUUCGCGUCGCUGCUGAGCGACAAGGCGCUGGACAGCGGCCUCGGCGACGCAGACCUGGGCACGGACGGGAAGACGAGCGGCCAGAGGGUCAUCGUCAUCGCCACCCCGAGCCUGUGGAGAGACCUGCGGGCGCUGAGCGCCGGCGUUCCGCUCUACAAGCGCAGAGCCGACUUCAGCAGCCAGCUGAGCGAGCACAGCGACGCCAGCCAGGACCUGAACCUCCCCAUCCCCGUCCAGAGGAGGGACAACAUGAGGUGCAUGGUGGGACGGGUGUACCGGCCGUGCUGGGAAGUCUAGGACACUUCACACUUCACACGACUCACACUGAGUUGUAACGUCAUCAUCUGAAAUCCUGUGUAUCUAUAUUUAAAUUAUUGCAGAAAAUUAAACUUCUGUGUUCUGCGUGA